AUGCGUACUCUUGUUUUUUCGCUGUUCAUACUGACUGUAGCGGCUGUUUCGGCCAAUGAAAAACUAGUGGUUUGCAAUUAUGAGGCUAAGGCUCAUCUGAGACAGGGGCAGGGACAGUUCGGAUUACAUGAUCUAGACGAAGCCAUACGUUACUGUAACUAUUUGAUCUACGGCUAUGCCGCAAUCGAUGAUAAAACAUUCAAACUGGUACCCUUAAACGAACAAUUCGAUAUUAUGAAGGACAAUUAUCGACUGGUCACAGAUCUUAAGAGAAGAUACCCUAAACUUAAAGUAUUACUUUCCGUUGGUGGAAACGACGAUGUUACCGGAUCUGGAGAUGAGCUUAAUGUCAAGUACAGAAACAUUUUGGAAUCCACCACUCACCGUUUGGCUUUCGUAAAUUCAGCACAUACAUUGAUCAAAGGAUACGACUUCGAUGGAUUAGAUUUAGCUUGGGAAUUCCCAGAAACAAAACCCAAGAAAAUUAAGACUGGUCUCAAAAAAGCGUGGAACAGCUUUAAAUCAGUAUUCGCAGGAGAACACGUUGUUGAUGCAAACGCUGAACAACACAAAGAACAAUUCACAGCAUUAGUUAAAGAACUAAAAGCUGCCUUUAGACCAGACAAUCUAAAACUCUCUCUUACGGUUUUGCCAAAUGUUAACAGUACAGUAUAUUACGAUCCCAGAAAUCUUGCUCCACAUUUGGACUUCAUAGCUCUCCACGCAUUCGACUUCUACACCCCCCAUCGCAAUGAACAUCUUGCAGAUUUUCCUUCUCCCGUAUAUGAACUCAUUGAUAGAAGAGUGGACGAAAAUGUAGACGCUUGGGUUAAAUAUUGGUUAAACAACGGCGCUCCUGCAAACAAAUUAGUUCUGGGAAUCCCCACUUACGGCAGAACUUGGCACUUGCAAGGCGAAGCCAAAAUUGACGAGUUUCCAAUCACCGAUUUGGAAGGCCCGGGAGAACCGGGACCAUUGACUAAAGAAGCCGGUCUUUUAAGUUAUCCUGAAAUAUGUACUAAAGUAACCACGAGGACUACAACUCCAGGAGGUUUAACUAAGAUUUCUGAUGGCACCAAACGAAGAGGUGUGUAUGCCUACCGUUAUCCUGACAAGGACGACAAAGGAGGUGUCUGGAUAGGUUAUGAAGAUCCCGAGACAGCAGCAAUCAAAGCGCAAUAUGUCAAGAACAAAGGCCUUGGAGGUAUUGCAAUUGACGAUUUGACAUUAGACGACUUCCGUGGAGUCUGUAAUAACAAUAAAUUCGCUAUUUUGAAGGCUGCAGUGGCCGCUAUGUAA